GGUGCCGCCCGCACUUUACGACAAACCUCCCUCCUCUGCCCUCGGUGGAAGUUAUUUAGGCAGAGGGCGCGGUAGCUGGGCACCAAUGGGUUGCGGGGUUGCUAUGGGAACGGCGGCGCUGUCGUAAAGAAGAAGCCGGGGCCGGUCGUGAAGAGGCCGCUUGUCCCCGGUGGGAGUUUGUCAUUGAAGGUGGUGGACCCGGGCCGGGCGGUGUGCUUUCUGUGCCGCUCCCCUACAGCCCUCUUCUGCCAUGGCGGCGGUGCUGGCUCGCAAGGCCGUGGACUACGUGCGCAGCAAAGACUUCAGGGACUAUCUUAUGAGUACGCACUUCUGGGGGCCAGUAGCCAACUGGGGACUCCCUAUUGCUGCUAUAAAUGACAUGUCGAAAUCACCAGAGAUCAUCAGUGGUCGAAUGACAUUUGCACUUUGCUGUUAUUCACUGGUAUUCAUGAGGUUUGCAUAUAAGGUGCAGCCCAGGAACUGGUUGCUGUUUGCUUGCCACUUUACCAAUGAAGGCGCACAACUUAUCCAAGGAGGGAGACUGAUCAAAUUCAAUCUUGAAAAAAAGAACUGAGUAUCUGUUUAAGAGGGAAAGAAACAAGGUGCUCCUCUUCACAGAUGACAACCGAUGGAGGUCUUUGCCAUCCAGAAUUGCUGUGUCUCCUGUUGCAUUCCCAUUGUUGUGAGCACAUUCAUGCCAACAGUUAAUGUCACCCAUGCACUAAAUUUUGUAACUUGCCUUUUUAAAAAGUACUUAACAAUUGAAAAUGUUACAUUGAACAAUUUGCCUUACAAGUACAACAUUUUUAUUUUUCUAUUUAUUAAAUUCUUCAAUUCAUACGCACAUCAGUCUGUUUGCGAAGGAUAAGGUCUGCUGUUUGUAACAAAAAGCUGCAGAAACCUGUCACUGAAUUAAUUGGUGCAGUUUGUUAAAACUUGCAAACUCAGUGUGUAUUUGGCAGUCAGGUGUACAGAUUCAAGAGUGGAGGUUCUGUCUCAAGUGCUUGGUAUUACCCUACUUGCAUUCAGGAACACCCAUUCCUGGCUGUUACUGCAGUUAAAAAUAUGUAACAGACUGCCAAAUCAUCAAUCCAGCACUUACUGAAAGCGGGGAAUUACCAACUAACUGCUCUCAGGUUGCUAAUUUGAAUGCUGUAUAUUUACUUCUGAUUCUGGGUCCCUAAAAGUCUUAGAUCUCACCCCCCAUAGGUAUCUGAAGGAAGGCAACAAUGUUCCUUAUUGCUUGUGGUUUAUACAAGCAGUGGCCCAGCCUUCAAAGGGGUGGGGGGAGCAGGAUCAUUGUAAGAAUGUAUUCCUGCCUCAGGUGCAUUGGACAUAAUAUUUGUGUAAGGCCCACUGUAUAAAUUACAACAUCUGAAGGCUUGAGACAUGAACCUUUAUUUUUGCUCUUAUGUGGAUUUAAAAAUGCAUGGUUUGGAGUAAUGUGCAAUGCAAUUUCUGUAUUUUGGCCCCCUAGGAAAGUGCCAUCUGACUGUGUGACUAUCUGGAGUUGUGUGUACCCAGUCGGCAGAGCAGCUUAAUCCUAUAUCUUCCUUUCUUAGAGUUUGUCUGACUGCCCCAUUUAUUUCCAUACACUGAGUGUUGUAAAUGUGUCCUAAUUCCAUAAUGUCUGCCUUUUGGAGAUUUGCUAAAGAUUUCUUGUGAAACAAGAAACACCACAGACAAGACUGAAGUUUUUUUGGGAUAAAGAUUUGGAAGUGUUUAACUUUUAAAAUUAAUCUGAUCACUUGUUUCCAGAGAACGUGUCUUACGUCAGCAGCUGUAACACACAAUGUACAGAACGUAUUCAACAAUUUUAUUUUCAGUGCAACAACUUUGAGAGCAGUAAACAGUCCCAAUAGGGAGAAGUUACGAUAAUGAAAAUUUUAAUCAAACUAAUGGCAAUAAAAUAUUUUGAGGGAAUUUUGUGAUUUUCGACAUGGUUAAUAAUAUUUAACUUGCAUCAUUGAAUUGUACAGAAAGUCUAUGAAGGAUAGGCUUCCUUAUGAGGUCCAUUUCAAUUAUAAUGGCCUCCAAAUUAAUAUUAAUACAUUG